AUGCCUGGUGCUAAACGGACAGCAAAAACAGUAUCUUAUACAGGACACAAUGAUGACGAUGAUUUUAUUUCAAAAGGUGACAAUACCAAAAAAACUCGUAGUAUGAAAUUAAAUGAUCAGCAAACAGAAUUAAAAUCUUCAACUCGACAACUAUCACAAAAACGUAAAGAAAAAUUAUCAAAAGUUGAACAAGAAGAACUUGAUUUAGCACUUAAACUUUCCAAAGAAACAGUACAAUCAAAUGAAACUUCAAUUGAACUUCCAAUUAUUACCGAUGAUAAAGAAAGUUUGAAUAGUACAUCAACAGUAUCAAGUCAUGAAAGUAAAACAACAACAGAAAAAGAACCUGAUGAACCAGAUGAAAAUUCAUUACCAAAAAAUAAACGAAUGAAACUAGAUGAAGAAGAGAAUGUUGAUGAAAACGAAUCUAAUAAUGGAGAAGAAGAAGAAGACGACAUUGGCGAAGAAGAGGAAGAAGAAGAACCAACACCACAAAAAAAACCUAUUCGUAAAAAAGAAGAAAAAAAGAAAAAUUCUGGUAGAUUGAAUCAAAUAUUAACAGUAACAUCAAGUGAUCUUAAUUCAUCUCGAUUAAUAACACGUGGUCAACAAAAAUCUUCAGUUUCAACAACUGAUCAUUCAAAGAAAAAAUCUAAUGUACCAUUAGGUUUUCCAACAAAUAAAAUAAUAAUUUCAUCAUUACAAACAUCUCGUGUUGGUUUAUCACGUAAAGUUUCUGUUAUAAAAUCUCUUCAUCCUAAUCUUAAUCAACGUAUUGCUCAUGAAUAA